GGACAAUUGGCAGAGCCAUAGAGGAGCACCGCAGGACGCUGACUCCAGUCCCAGAGCAGCUCUCUGUGUCCAACAUGGUGUGGAAGCCAUGGCUGCAGCCGUGCUGUGGGACGUUCCCAUUCUGUUGGUGUGAUAAGGAAGAAUUUAUAUGACCAACUAUGUACCUGUUUCAUAAAAUGGAAAACUACGAAGUUUACCAGGGAAAACAAUGGAGCUACCGAAACAUUUGUCUAAUUUUAUGCUUAUUUGCAAGAACCUGUGUAUCAAAUCCUUCAAAACCUAACUUUUUACUGAUACUGGCUGAUGAUCUUGGUAUUGGAGAUGUGGGUUGCUAUGGCAAUACUACAAUAAGGACUCCUAACAUUGAUGGCCUGGCAAAGGAUGGAGUGAGACUUACUCAGCACAUUGCUGCAGCAGCUGUCUGUACUCCAAGCAGAGCCGCUUUCCUGACUGGCAGAUACCCUAUCAGAUCAGGCAUGGCAUCCAGCACUCAACAGCAAGUUCUCUUCUGGAAUGGCGGUUCAGGGGGGCUCCCACCAAAUGAAACUACUUUUGCUAAAAUACUCCAUCAGCAAGGUUAUUCUACAGCACUUGUAGGGAAGUGGCACAUGGGUGUGAACUGCAAAACCCGCCAUGAUCACUGCCACCAUCCUUUAAAUCAUGGGUUUGAUUAUUUUUAUGGCAUGCCUUUUACACUUGUGAAUGAGUGUCAAGACACAGAUGACCCUGAAUUGGCCAAGUCUUUGCAAGAAACAUACUGGUUUUACACUCAGAUGAUCAUCCUUGCAGUAUUUACUCUUGUGAUUGGAAAACUUGCCAAUUUAUUCCCAGUAAAAUGGAAAAUAAUCAUCUGUCUGACCAUCUGUGGUCUCCUUCAUUUCAUCUCCUGGUUCUCCAGCUAUGGUUUCACAAAGUACUGGAACUGUAUCCUGAUGAGAAACCAUGAUAUCACUGAACAGCCAAUGAAUCUACAAAAAACUACUUCUAAUAUGCUGAAGGAGGCAAUUACAUUCAUUGAAAGAAACAAGCAUAGACCAUUUCUUCUCUUUGUUUCCCUUUUACAUGUUCACACCCCUCUCAUUACCACAGAGAAGUUUCAGGGGAGAAGCAGGCAUGGCCUGUAUGGAGAUAAUGUAGAGGAGAUGGACUGGAUGGUGGGCAGGCUUCUGGAUGUUAUUAACAAAGAGGACUUGAAGAAUACCACAUUUAUUUAUUUUGCAUCUGAUCAUGGAGGAUUCUUAGAGGCUCACAGAGGACAUUCUCAGUUGGGUGGAUGGAAUGGGAUAUAUAAAGGUGGAAAAGGAAUGGGAGGCUGGGAAGGAGGAAUCCGUGUUCCAGGUAUAGUUAGAUGGUCAGGAGUGUUGCCUGCGGGGACAGUUAUCGAUGAACCCACAAGCCUUAUGGACAUUUAUCCUACAGUGGUUCAACUGGCUGGAGGGGCAGUGCCUCAGGACAGGGUCAUGGAUGGGCACACCCUGGUGCCCCUGCUGCAGGGGACAGAGCAGCACUCCAGGCAUGAGUUCCUGUUCCACUACUGCGGUGUGUUCCUGCAUGCAGUGCGCUGGCACCAGAAGGACAGUGGCACCAUAUGGAAAGCUCAUUAUGUGACUCCAGUAUUUCAGCCAGAAGCCUCUGGGGCCUGUUUCAAAAGAGGAAUUUGUCUAUGUUUCGGGGAUGGUGUAGCCCAUCAUGACCCUCCACUCCUGUUCAAUCUCUCACAAGAUCCAUCUGAGGCAAAUCCUCUAUCAGCUGACACUGAGCCCUUGUUUGACAACAUAAUGAAAAGAAUAAGAAGAGCUGUGGAAGAGCACCGCCGGACCCUGACUCCAGUCCCACAACAGCUGUCUCCUUACAAUAAUAUAUGGAAGCCAUGGCUGCAGCCAUGCUGUGGGAUGUUCCCAUUCUGUUGGUGUCAUGAAGAGAAUAACAAAGCAUAGUCUAAUACCAAAGUUAGCUUUAAAGAAAUUGAUAAUUUUUUUACAUUCACAUGACAACAGUCAUAAAGAUAAUAGAGAUAAAGAUUAAAUUACACUGGGAUAUGUCCAGCCUUUUCUCUUACCCGCAGAAAUUAAAUUCUGGGCAAGAGACUCAUAUUCAAACUUUGAAGUCCUCCUGAACACUGUAUAUUCAGCUCCUACUAUACAGCUAAAAGUCACCCAGGUUUUAAAAAAUACCAAGGCAUGGUAAGACCUGCAGAGCAAGUUUUUCAGGUGAUGCAUUUCCUGUGUUUCCUUAAAGCUUGCUGUCUCUAUUCAGGACCAAGGUUGCCUGUGUGGUUUUUGUUGGUUUUUUUUUGUUUGUUUUGUUUUGUUUUUGUUUUUUUCUCUUUUUUUUCAUUUAGAAGCAGAAAGAAACCAGAACCAGAAGGCCCAUAGCAGGCCCUCAGCUCCUGAGCUGCCGCAGCAGAUCCCUUUCACCAGGUUUGGGACAGAAGAGAGUGCAUGCCUGGAUUAUGCACCCUUUGCAGUGUUUCAGGGAACCUCCUGGUUUACGCCUCAGUGCACUAGGACAGGGGUGUGUUCUUCCCUUUGCAGAAAGGAACAAGAAGUGCAUGAAAUGGCAUAUUGGGAAAACCUGAAACAACCGGCCAAUCUCCAAGCCAUUGUUUGCCAUUCAAGAAUGUGCCUACACAUGGUUUAAUAUAGACACCAUAGAGCGCAAAGUAUUACUCUGUAACAAAUGAAGUUUGUUUUACUGAAAGAGCUGUGGUUGUCCUGUGUAAACGUUUGACAUUCAUGGUGUAUGAAGCUGACUUCCACUCAACACGUUUGAUCAUUAUUAAAUGCAAUUUGGAUUUGAUGCAUUGGACUGACUCAACAAAGCAAUUGUCAAGUCUCACAGGAGUGAGACAAUAAGCUUCUAAGAAGCCUCACUUCACCAUGUUUUAAUAUUAGACACAUUGCUUUGCUCCCUGCUGGGACUCAAGGGAGUGCCAGCACACAGAUCACAGGGUCCCAUCUUCUAAGGAUGCAAAAUAGUUGUGUAACAAAUAAACUGAGAAAAGUAAUUUGAGCUCAAAAUUUAUCCAACUUGAAAUUCCCAAGAACUCUGAAUAUAUUUUAGAGGCAUUUACAUAAAUGACCAAGGAGUAACAAAAAGCUUUAGCUCAUGACAGAUUGUAUGUUAAUAUACACAGACAUAUAUAUAGUGUUGAACUCAAUAUGACACUGGAAGAUUUUUGUAGGAUGUUUUGAUUGUAAUGUUACAUCUAAUCAACUCCAUUAAAAAGCUCAGUUUUAUUCAAAA